AUGGAGUUCACCUUUCUCAACAACGUCCUGCGCAUAGUCCAGCUGCUCUGGACCCUGCUGAUCACCGCGCUCAUUGGAAAUGCCAUCGCAAACUACCACAGCACCUCUGGAUCUGGUAAAGCCGCCAUCAACUUCACCAUCUUUGUCGCAGUCCUCUCGUGGAUUACCGCCCUCUAUGGAUUGAUCGCCUCCUUCGUAUCCGCCAUUGCUAUUCCCAUUGUCGUUCUCGCUCUCGACAGUCUUGCCGUCCUCUUCACCUUUAUCAGCGCCGUGGUCCUGGCCGCCAAGCUCGGAGCUGUCAACUGCGCUCACCUGAGCGGUAAGCCAAGCAGCUACAUUGCCUUUGGCUCGACCAAUGGUGACCAGAAGCAAUGCCGCGAGCUCCAAGCUAGCGACGUUUUUAUGUGGUUCUUGUUCGCAUGCUACAUUGCAACUCUUUUCUUCGCCUUCAAGGCUUUCCGUGGCAGCGGCGCUUCCAUCCGAAGGGGUCCCAACAUGUCCCAGGUCGGCGUCUAA